GCCGGUCACUCUCUUGACUGUUUCAUCGUCUUUGAGUCGUCUCACCAUCCAAGAUGGCGGCGCUUGUGGGACUGCGUGCAUGUAUCUCAGCCCUUCAGCUGUCCUCACCCAGCCUCCUACACAGCUCCUUCAAGUUGUGUGCUGUGCCUCUGAGUCGGCGAACCUUUGCUGCAGAGGCUAAGAAGACAUACAGCAGAGAAAAACCCCACGUGAAUAUUGGAACAAUCGGCCAUGUAGAUCAUGGAAAGACGACCCUGACAGCAGCCAUCACCAAAGUGCUUGCUGAUGCCGGUGGAGCUAAUUAUAAGAAGUAUGAGGACAUUGACAAUGCCCCAGAGGAGAAGGCUCGAGGAAUCACCAUCAACGCCUCUCAUGUAGAAUACACCACAGCCAACAGACAUUACGCUCACACGGACUGCCCUGGUCACGCCGACUAUGUCAAGAACAUGAUCACAGGAACAGCCCAGAUGGACGGCUGCAUCCUGGUGGUGGCGGCCACUGACGGCCAGAUGCCUCAGACACGAGAGCACCUCCUGCUGGCCCGGCAGAUUGGCGUUGAGCAUGUGGUGGUCUUCAUCAACAAGGCGGAUGCUGUGGAGGAUAAAGAGAUGCUGGAGCUGGUGGAGAUUGAGAUCCGUGAGCUGCUCACAGAGUUUGGUUAUGAUGGCGAGAACACACCUGUGGUCAUAGGCUCUGCCCUCUGCGCACUGGAGAACAGAGAGCCUGAUCUUGGCGUGAAUGCGGUCAUGAAGCUUCUGGAGAUCGUAGACUCUUAUGUUCCUCUUCCCAAAAGAGAGCUGGACAAACCUUUCCUUCUGCCCAUUGAAGCUGCUCAUUCAAUCCCAGGCAGAGGGACGGUGGUGACGGGAACCUUGGAGAGAGGAGUCAUCAAGAAAGGAGAUGAGGCCGAGUUUGUCGGCCACAAUCGCAACUUCAAGUCUGUGGUCACAGGUAUCGAGAUGUUCCAUAAAUCUCUGGAUCGGGCUGAGGCUGGAGAUAACUUGGGGUCUCUGAUCCGAGGAUUGAAGAGGGAGGAUAUAAGGAGAGGGAUGGUGAUGUGCAAACCAGGAUCCAUCCAGCCACACCAGAAGGUCAAAGCCCAGGUGUACGUGCUGAGUAAAGAGGAGGGAGGCCGGCACAAACCGUUUAUGACCAACUUCAUGCCCGUCAUGUUUUCGUUAACCUGGGACAUGACCUGCAGAGUUACUCUUCCUAAGGAUAAGGAAAUGGUGAUGCCGGGAGAGGACACCUCGUUGAUGCUCACACUUCGUCAGCCCAUGGUUCUGGAAAAAGGUCAAAGGUUCACCUUAAGAGACGGGAACAGAACCAUCGGCACCGGCCUGGUCACAGAAAUCCUGACGCUGACAGAUGAUGAUGGUAUCAACUGGGGCUGAACAGAAACUCUGCCUGGGUGGGGAUGGGUGUCCAGAAACUCUGUCUGGGUGGGUGUGGGAGUGUCUGUGGCUGGCUUUAUCAAAUAAUUCUGGAAAAAUAUGAAGAUGCAGAACAUGAACCCAUGCACAAACCUCAACAUGGAGAAGACUAAAGGAAUACACGGCUUUAUUGUGCAACUUCAUCCAACAGAAACGUGUUCUGUUUAGCACUGUCUUUAUGUUUAAAGGCCUGACUGUCAAAAUAAUGUCAUUUAUGUAAUAAAAUGUAUGAAGUAAUAAAAUCCAUCCUUUCUUUUGUGGUA